AACGUCUGUCGCCAUUUUGAAGUUCCCUUCUGUGGUUCAACAAGACUACAGGGGUCGCUGAUCCAAAAUGGCUGGGAACUUGCGAGGCCAUUGCUGCAAAAAUGACUGAACAGUACAGAAAAGCUAACAGUAUCUUUGCAUUGACGGCAGCCAGGUACAAGCUACCAAUGCAAAAAGCCAAAAUGAACAAAUACGUUAAACAGUAUGCUAAGACGCUACGUCAUUUAAGACUGUUACAGACGGGGGUGCUUCUAGUUUCUACUCCAAAGUUCACCACAUUACGAGGCAGCUGGCUGGAAGACACAAAUAUCCUCAAGGUGACUCAGUGGGAGACUAUGGAUCUUUACUUUGAGUACAGACGCAAAAGAAAAACGGCUCCCUUCAAAGAAGCAUGUGAUUUGCUCGAAGAAAUAAUGGGCAUACCGCCAGCAGUUAUUUUCCAAUCUGAGAAUUUGUCUCUCUUUCAAAUGACAUCAAUACAAAUGACUGAGAGAUCUGACAGCCCAGCCGUUGAAUUCCAGUCACAGAAUACUCAAGCUCAAGCUAAAAGCAAUGCUGCAGGGGAUGUGAGCAAGGCUUCAGGGGCUGUGGCUUCAGGAGAACGACAGGCAGAGUCUACAAGAUCUGAGAGCCCAGCGGUCGAGUUGCAGUCAGAGGAUAUCGAUAAUGCUGAAACCCAAACUCAAAUUGAGGCUUCAGGGGAUGUGAACGAGGCUUCUGGGGAUGUGAACGAGGCUUCAGGGGAUGUGAACGAGGCUUCAGGGUGUGUAAACGAGGCGACAACGAGGCUUCAGGGGAUCGACAGGCAGGAGUGUCUACAAGAUCUGACAGCCCAGCGGUCGAGGUGCAGUCAGAGGAUAUCGAUAAUGCGGAAACCCAAACCCAAUGCGAGGCUUAAGGUGAUGGGAAUGAGGCUGAAGGGGGAAAUCAGGAAGAAACUGUUGACAUGAAAUCCCCAAUAGCAGACUUAUCGUAAUGUAUUUGAAGAUUUGCCGCAGGACGUAAAAGCGUUCAAAAUAUGUUAACGGGCAAUUGCAAGUGACAUUUGUGGGAAG